GGUGUCUGUUGAGUGUGGCGGCCGGUUCUCUUCUGCGGGUUGCGCUUGGUAGGCGCUGCGCGGGGUGGAGGGGGAGCGGGCGAGCCCGGCUCUGGCUGCAACCGACCGUCCAGAAACCACCGGCGGGCUUGUUAAGGAGGACCGCUCCGCCCCAGCCAUGCGUUAUCCAGCCCGGGCUGCUUGGCGUGAAAAGCAUGCAACAUGCUGCCGCUAAGCUCCCGGGUUUCCAGCACGAGCGCUGGAAGAAAGGGAAUCCGAUUGUGCUGGGGAGGAGGAGGAGGAGGAGGCGGCGGCGGCGGAGGGCGGGCAUUUCCAAGGCCGGUCCUAGAGGGAGACAGAGAUCUGUGCGCCUCGCCUCCCCGCGGCUCUUAAUUCUUAAAAAAAAAAUUUGGGGGGUUGCGCGCGUGGGGCGCUGGGGGAAUCGGCGCGUGGAGCGUGAGGAGAGCCGAGCCGAGCGCGGGCUGACUGGGCGGGGAAGGAGUACCGGAGCAGCCAGGGAACGACUCGGCUGCAGCGCGCGGAGCUUGGUGGAAGAGAGGCGACGGUUUGGAGCUUGAAAUCCGGCAGGAGAAACCCGGGCAGAGAGGUGGACCGAUCUCCCCCGCUCCCCUUCCUCGAGGAAGGGCCGUCGCCAUGGGCAAUGCGGGGAGCAUGGACUCUCAGCAGACGGACUUCAGGGCGCACAAUCUACCCCUUAAGCUCCCGAUGCCCGAACCGGGCGAGCUGGAAGAGAGAUUCGCCGUCGUGCUGAAUGCCAUGAACUUGCCUCCUGACAAAGCACGGCUACUCCGACAAUAUGACAAUGAGAAGAAAUGGGAGCUGAUAUGUGAUCAGGAAAGAUUUCAAGUCAAGAAUCCACCUCAUACAUAUAUACAGAAAUUAAAAGGCUAUCUUGAUCCGGCUGUAACUAGGAAGAAAUUUAGGAGAAGAGUUCAAGAAUCUACACAAGUUUUACGGGAACUAGAAAUUUCUUUAAGGACUAAUCACAUUGGGUGGGUCAGGGAAUUUUUGAAUGAAGACAACAAAGGCCUAGAUGUUUUGGUAGAGUAUUUGUCUUUUGCACAGUAUGCAGUCACAUUUGACUUUGAAAGCUUGGAAAAUAAUAUGGAAAAUUCAGUGGACAAAUCUAAACCAUGGAGUCGAUCCAUUGAAGAUCUCCAUCGGGGAAGUAACUUACCUUCUCCAAUUGGCAAUAGUAUUUCCUGUUCCAGCAGGCAUUCUACUCUAAGGUAUAACACCUUACCCAGCAGAAGAACUCUUAAAAAUUCAAGAUUAGUGAGUAAAAAGGAUGAUGUUCAUGUCUGCAUCAUGUGUUUGCGUGCCAUCAUGAAUUAUCAGUAUGGCUUCAAUAUGGUCAUGUCGCACCCCCAUGCCGUUAAUGAAAUUGCACUAAGUCUCAACAACAAGAAUCCCAGAACAAAGGCGUUGGUCUUAGAACUGCUGGCAGCUGUUUGUCUCGUACGAGGAGGGCACGAAAUCAUUUUGUCUGCCUUUGACAAUUUUAAAGAGGUUUGUGGGGAAAAACAGCGGUUUGAGAAGUUGAUGGAACAUUUUCGAAAUGAAGAUAAUAAUAUAGAUUUCAUGGUGGCGUGCAUGCAGUUCGUCAACAUAGUAGUACACUCAGUAGAAGAUAUGAAUUUCAGAGUUCAUCUCCAGUAUGAAUUUACAAAGCUAGGCCUUGAUGAAUAUCUGGAUAAGCUGAAACACACUGAAAGUGAUAAGCUGCAAGUGCAAAUACAGGCUUACCUGGACAAUGUCUUUGAUGUGGGAGCUUUGCUUGAAGAUGCUGAGACCAAGAAUGCUGCCUUAGAAAGAGUUGAAGAAUUGGAGGAAAAUAUAUCUCAUUUAUCAGAAAAACUUCAAGACACAGAAAAUGAAGCUAUGGCAAAAAUUGUGGAACUGGAAAAACAACUUAUGCAAAGAAACAAAGAACUGGAUGUCGUACGAGAAAUAUACAAAGAUGCAAAUACACAAGUCCACACGCUAAGAAAAAUGGUCAAAGAAAAGGAGGAAGCCAUUCAACGGCAGUCAACACUAGAGAAAAAGAUCCAUGAACUGGAAAAGCAAGGGUCCAUUAAAAUUCAGAAGAAAGGAGAUGGGGACAUCAACAUCCUUCCUGUUGGGGUGUCACCAGCAGGAUCAGAAGGUUCGGUUGGCAUUUCAGGAGGGUCUACUGCCAACGCAGGGUCUCCAGUGCCACUUUCACCUCUGCCACUGAUAGCAGCAGAAUCAGAAACAGUGCAAAAUGGUCCCAUGGCAGCACCAAUGCCUCCACCACCACCGCCACCACCACCACCGCCACCUCCUCCUCCUCCUCCCCCACCUCCUCUUCCUGGUCCAGCUGCAGAACCUGCACCACCUCUUCCUAUCCCACCUCCACCAUUAGCACCCCCACUUCCAGGAAUGGCCUCUCCUACCGUUGUGUUCAACUCAGGAUUAGCAGAUGGGCCAAUCAAGCUUUUCUCUGUGAAAAUCAAGAAGCCAAUUAAGACCAAGUUCCGCAUGCCAGUUUUUAACUGGGUGGCUCUGAAACCCAACCAGAUUAAUGGGACCGUCUUCAAUGAAAUUGAUGAUGAAAGGAUCUUGGAGGAUUUAAACGUGGAUGAAUUUGAAGAAAUAUUCAAGACAAAAGCCCAAGGGCCAGCUAUCGACCUUUCUUCGAGCAAGCAAAUAACUCAGAAAGGAUCAAACAAAGUCACGCUUCUGGAGGCAAAUAGAGCUAAAAAUCUUGCUAUCACCUUAAGAAAAGCUGGAAAAACUGCCGAUGAAAUAUGUAAAGCUAUUCAAGCAUUUGAUUUGAAGACGCUGCCGGUAGAUUUUGUUGAAUGCCUGAUGAGAUUCUUGCCAACGGAAAAUGAAGUGAAAGUGUUGCGGCUUUAUGAGCGGGAAAGGAAGCCCUUUGAGAAUCUGUCAGAUGAGGAUCGAUUUAUGAUGCAGUUCAGCAAAAUAGAAAGGCUGAUGCAGAAAAUGACCAUCAUGGCAUUUGUUGGCAACUUUACUGAAAGCAUACAGAUGCUCACACCGCAAUUGCAUGCAAUCAUUGCAGCAUCUGUCUCCAUAAAGUCUUCUCAGAAACUCAAAAAAAUCUUAGAGAUAAUCUUGGCUCUGGGCAACUAUAUGAAUAGCAGUAAACGAGGAGCUGUCUAUGGAUUUAAACUUCAAAGUUUAGAUCUGUUGUUAGAUACAAAAUCAACAGACAGAAAACAAACUCUAUUGCACUAUAUAUCCAAUGUUGUAAAGGAGAAAUACCAGCAGGUUUGCCUUUUUUACAAUGAACUUCACUAUGUAGAGAAAGCUGCUGCAGUCUCCCUUGAAAAUGUUCUAUUAGAUGUAAAGGAACUCCAAAGAGGUCUGGACUUAACAAAGCGAGAGUAUACUAUGCACGAUCACAAUACCAUGCUGAAGGAAUUCAUCCAGAACAACGAAGGGAAACUGAAGAAGUUGCAGGAUGAUGCAAAAAUAGCCCAGGAUGCCUUUGAUGAUGCUGUGAAAUAUUUUGGAGAAAAUCCCAAGACAACUCCUCCGUCAGUCUUCUUCCCGGUCUUCGUACGAUUUGUGAAAGCUUACAAGCAAGCAGAAGAGGAGAACGAACUGAGAAAAAAGCAAGAACAGGCAUUAAUGGAAAAACUGCUGGAGCAGGAAGCAUUGCUGGAACAACAAGACCAAAAGUCUCCAUCUCAUAAAACUAAGCGACAGCAACAAGAACUAAUUGCAGAGCUAAGACGACGACAAGUCAAGGACAACAGACAUGUUUAUGAAGGAAAAGAUGGCGCUAUUGAAGAUAUCAUCACAGCCUUAAAGAAGAAUAAUAUCACUAAAUUUCCAAAUGUUCACUCGAGGAUCUUAGAAACCAACCCUACCGACGAGCCGAUGCGGUGAGGAGAAGCGUCCGGCGGCGUGUUGAUGAUCAGAACCUACGUGCUGUCAAUGGUGCUGAACUGGCUAUGUGAGCCAGAUGGGCGAAACCGUGCCUGUAAACCAGUAGAAAGUGCCCUUGAUUGCUUCCUCACCAUGCGGACUCUGUUUAUGUUGCCAUUUUGAUUAUGGCCUUGUUCGGAAUUCCUUUAACUAGUCUUCUGAAGGGCUCGGUAAGGACUGAAAAUGCAUAGGAAUGAAAAAUAAAAAAUUUAAAGCAAAAAAAAAAAAAUGGGCUGGCCAUACAACUGUAGCUACCAAGUGCCUAAAUUUCAAGGACCUACUCAAAUUAUUGAAAGCAAUAGGACUCGUUUUUUGAUUGGGUAACUUUUUACACCAAUAAAAUUUCUUCAGUGUUCUUAACCAAAAUGUAAAAUACAUAAUGUAUUUUUUUUGUUAUUGUUACAUACAGUUUAGUAAAUAGCCUUCAGUGGACUUUUUUGAUUUCAUAACAGGUUGUAAAUAGGGAAUAUUCUGAUAAGAGCUGCUGUAGAUUUUUUUAAUAUUUUCAGUACAUUCCUGAACACUUUGAAGAGUUAACUUUGAGCUUCAGCUGCACUUACUAGCAUUAUAUAGAUGUGUAUGUGUGUGUUUAUAUACAUGUAGGUGUAUAUAUGCACACACAUAUGUGUACAUGUAUGCAUGGAGAAGGACUUUAUCAUAUAUAAAGGAGCAAAAGAUAUUAAAAUAACUCGGACCCUUUGAAGAACAUUUAGUUCACUUUAAGGCUGGGGGGAAAUAUCCAUAAAGCCAAUGUUAAGGGAGAUGUGAAUACAGUUGACAAAGAUUUAAAGCUAAUUGGUUUAGCUAGAGGGAUUUCUUCUGUAAAUACAAUGUGGGAAUAAUACGGAAUUUAGAUUAACACACUUGCCUGUUUUCAACUUCUGCCUAGUACACACAGUUGUUGGUAAAGAUAAAUAAAACGAGGUGAUAUAGCUUAAGAGGAUGGGCACACUGCAAACACAGUUGUUGUGUUUUUUAAGUAGUGGCAAGCAUAACCUUAACCCUAACCCUGGAGUAACAAUGUUAUUUAUUAAUUAGCACUAAGGUAUUAACUUCUCAAUAAUCAGUAUUAGAAUUCAUAAGGAUCACAAACUGCUCAAUUCUCAAAAUGGUGAAAAGGCAGUGCCCCUCGAACAAGGUUAGGGUAACAUUGCAGGAAUGCUGUGGGAUUCCGUACAAAGGAAAUUGCGUAGUUCACUUCCAUUUAUGCUUUGCACCAAUCCAUUUUAAAUGUUUCUGCACUGGAUUGCCUUCAAUUAACAUUCAGGUUACACAAACUGUUGAAUGUAAUGCAGUGCAGCAGGAUAUUGCCAGGCAUAAAAGUUCAGGUCCAAUUAAAUUGAUUUAUUAUUACUCAUGCCCAUGCACAGGAAUAUUCUUAACUAACAGUUAGCACCUGCUUGGAGUUAGAUGAGGGUCAACAGAAUUCAAAAGAGGUUGGACUUAGUUCACUUGUGGCCAUGUACGGAUUCUAGGCUGAUCCCUCUUUUAACUCCACCCCCAGAUUCUGCCACACCUUCUCCUAGGUACACUUGGAAAAUUCAGAUGAUUAAUGCUUAGAUAUCCUCUUUUUGGAUUGGGAUGCUCACAUGUUAAACUUUAAGCUAACUUUAACAGCUUAUUUAUCAAUAUUGCUUCAAGGUAGGACCCUUGAUUUUUCCCCUCCAAAAGUGAAAAACUGGAAGUUAAGAGAAUCACCUUGCCUGCAUUCUUCCCAUUGCUGGUAGCACUGCAUUAUUAUGUUAAUUGUAAAAUUUAUUGUAUAGUAUUUAACCACUUAAUUCUUUUCUUUUUUUUUAUAUUGUGCUUCUGUGAACCACUGGUCAAGGUCCCAUAUUCCUUUGAUAAUGUGUAGUUAUAUAAUGUUUUUAAAUGUACAGAUAUUUUGCUACAAAAUUGGUGCUUUUUUAUGGUUUUUACACUUCUCUUUAAUUCCCACUCUAGUCUCGGGUAAUACUGUAAAUAUUGUUUAAAAAUGCAUCAACCUGUGCUAUACAAUCUGAAUGUUCUUAACUUAUAGUUUUGUUUUGUUUUUAUAUUUAACUAAAUGGACAGUCUGGGGCUCAAAAGCUGUUUCAUUAACCUUUGCUUGUCUCUUUACAGAAAAUUUAUUUUAAACAACUGCCAACAUGCUGACAGAAUCCAGCAAUGUAUAUUUGACAUGCAAAAGAGAACAUGCCAUUAUUACAUCUUUUCUAUUAUGAAAGAUGAACAUUUUUGAUUUGGGUAAAAUCCAGCUCAGCAAUAUUAUUUAAGUUCCCAUAAACAGCUGCAAAAGAUUUCGUAGCAUACUGCAAUACUUCAAUAUGACUAAAUAGGCUGCAAUAUUGGCAUGUUCUCUUGGAUCUUUUAUCUAGUAGAUAGAUCUGCUUCUUAGCAAUAUUAUAGGUGUUUUAUAAAAGCAAUUCAUGUUACUUUUCUGAUCUGUUCAUGGCAUAUGACUGAAUAAACUAUUUACACAACUA